AUAGGCCUCUGUUCUGUACUGUGACUCUCGAAUGUUGCUGUAAUUUCUGAUAGCCUUUUUAUGCAGGUGUGCUUUCAGGGCUUCUCCAUCAAUUCCUUAUAAUUUGUAAGCUUUUCUCAGGUGUGAGUCUACAUUCAUUCCCUGUCUUAAUUCCUUGGACCUUCUUAUUCAAUCUGACUAGUUGUAUGACGUGUGCAGCAUACAACUAGUUAGAUUUGAAAUCGCAAAUCAGACUCUUCUGCUGGUACGAAGUCAUCUAACCAAGGUGAAACAGUCACUUUUGCUGACAUUAUGGGUGUUUAUAAGGCUAAAGAGGAGUUAGAAGAGAUUGUGACUUUGAUCACAAACAAGGGAAGGCCCAUGCAUAAAAUUUGAACACCGUUGAACAUUAUCUUAAUAUUUUGAAAUAUUGGAAACACAAUACUUUGGAACAUGGAUGACAAUAUUGUUACAUUUGACAAAUCUUCUGUGCCCUCACUGAACCUUGCUCGAAUAAUCUGCCAUGUAUGUCAGAAGCAGUUUUCCCAGUACACAUGUCCUCGAUGCAAUUCACGAUAUUGUUCCCUCCAAUGUUACAAAUCUCAUAGUCUUCGUUGCACUGAAUCCUUCAUGAAAGAAAAUGUAGUUCAGGAACUUCAACAAAUGCAGCCUGAUGAACAAACCAAAAGUAAGAUGUUGGACAUACUGAAAAGAUUUCAUUCAGAAGAGGACUUGGAUGGCAUGGAUGAGGAUUCUUCUGCAGAUUCCACUUUAUCUGAGGAAAUAAUGAAAAAAAAUUUGUCUGGACAAGAAAUCAGCUUUGAUGAUUUAUCUCUUGAAGAAAAGAAACGGUUCCACAGAGCUAUUGCUUAUGGAGAAUUGAGCAAGAUGAUCAAACCAUGGGAUCCAUGGUGGUCAAAGCCUUCUGCUAGAAAAAUCCGUCUUAGUAAAGAAGGAACUCGGCUUGUUCAACCACUUCCAGUGCAGGAAUCGCUAGAUGAUAUUGGAAGUGAUGAAUCCAGCGGCAUUCCUCUUGGGCCUGAAAUCCCACUUCCUCCUCUAUGCAAGCUUAGUUCCAAAGAGCCUUCACCCCUUUUAACCGUGCACCUAAUUGAUAUUCUAUACAGCUACUGCUUCACUCUCCGUCUCUAUAAUGGAGAUUGGAGGUCAGAUGCCUUAGGUUCAGUUAUAGUUACAUUGAGUGUGUCCUCCGUGUUAGGUCAAGGCAUGCAGCCAGAGACUGUACAGGAAGCCCUCUCUCAUUCCUUGGAGCAGAUAUGCUCUCCAGCUUACAGACACAUGGGAGGAUUGCAAUUUGGUUUGAGUGUUAUUGAUGAUGUUAUCAGCCUUCUUGAUUUGGGAACUCCUGCUUUGGUGUGUGCCCUUUGUGAUAUGCAUCAGUUGAUUCAAGAAGCGGGGAAGGAGGCCAAAUCAGAGAAGCCGAGAAAGUUGCAGAGGGAUGGUAUUAGAACUACUAUUAAGCUGGCUGAAAGAAAGAUAUAUUUCAUCAUGUGUUGGGUUCAUGAGCAGCCAGAGGAAGCUUGGUCUUCUUUAGCAGCCAUUGUGAAAGCAGAAAAGACUUCAGCCAUGGAAUUUCAAUGUAGUAACAAGGCUGAAAAAUUGAAUAGUAAAGCAAAAACCGAAGGCAAAAGUUUAAUCGAAGAGAUGUAGUGUGUUUGGAGACAUGUCGGAGAACCUGUAAUGUGUAUCUCAAG